AUGUCAUCGACUGGACAAUGUUUCGAUAUUGGUUCUGCCACCAGUCAAUCUCUGCGUAAAUUCGAGAGUCGUCAACAAUCGUUUGCUAUCAAAUAUGGAAUUCCUGCUGAACAAUUAGAUUAUCUUUUAGACUCGAAUCUGCUUACACUAUUUGACGUGAAUUGCAGUGAAGAUGGUGCAGCUGGUAACGGAGCACUUAUGCGACUAGCUCCCGUCCCUCUGUUUUUCUACCGACAUCCUAAUGACGCCGUCGAAUUUUCUGGAAUUAGUGGUAAAAUUACUCAUGGUGAUCAAAAAGCCUAUGAUGCUUGUCGUUAUUAUGGUGCUUUGAUCGUGGCUGCUCUCCAAGGUGAAAAAAAAGAGCAAUUACUGGAUCCCAACUUUUAUUUUAACCACAAAGCAUGGUUUAAUAACAAGCCGCUCAAUCAAGAGGUUAUGAAUGUUGCUCAAGGAUCGUUCAAGAAACCUGGCGGAUAUCGUGAUGGUAUUCGAGGUAAAGGGUACAUCGUUAGUGCUCUUGAAGCUGCCUUAUGGGCCUUUAACUACGAUGAAAAUUCGUUUGAAAAGGGCGUUCUUGACGCAGUUAAUCUUGGAGAUGACACUGACACAACUGCUGCUAUUUAUGGCCAAUUAGCUGGCGCUUGCUAUGGUUAUGACAGGCUGCCCCAAAAAUGGGUUCAACGCGUCUAUGCACACAAGUUUAUUAGCUGCUUAAGCAAGUGGAUCGUUUAUGAAGGAGAGUUGUGGCAACCGAAAUCUUCUAUUUUCAGUGGACUAGGGUCUAACUCUCAAGCUAAAUCGCAAAAUCCUUCAAAAAUUACAACUGCAUUUGGUUCGGUAUCAGAUACCAGAUCAACAUAUAUAGAGGCACCCACUGCUACACUCAAAGCGAUUCCUUCUAGCUAUUUGGGAGUAAAAGAACCAAUACGUUCCGCAGGAGAGCCUUCAUAUACUGUCCAUGAAACACGUUUGACAUCACAACCAAAUGAGCGUUCGAGAUCGAGAACAACACCGACAUUGUAUGACCAUAGUGGUGAGACAGGAUCUACCAUCAGGUACGGAUGGGGUUCUAGCUACAAUGAUGUGACGCCAACUAAAUACGGUAAUGUGCCGCAAUCUGGGUAUGCUUCUAUAAUGCCAUAUAAUUAUGAUCGUACGAGAGGACAUGGCUACAGCGGUUCAACUGGAAUUUCUUAUAGCAGCCCCAUAUCAUCUGGCUAUGGUGGUACUAUAGGAUUACAAAAUAAAUCUAAUAUCGAAGAUCGGAGAUCACCAUUGUCUGCUUACAACAGAUAUUCUUAUCGAUACCACUUGCAAUAG